CUCUUUGCCGCUACUCUGCUACCCGCGGACACCACCGAACCUACUGCCACCACAGCCACCAGCCGCCUGGUACCCUAACACCUGCUCUGUCCUCCCCUUAGACUCCCUCCUCCUCGGCCGCCCCAGUCUCAGAGAAACUCGAGAGACGCGUUGAUCCCCCGUUCCAUAUCUUCUCUAUCGACUCGUUGCACCCUUCCAAACCACCCCCCGAUCAACCCUGCCGCUCAUAGUCAUUGUCCACCCAUUUCUCAUAACUCCUCAGUAAGUGUCGCAUUGUUUCUUCCUUCCCACACCUCCACAGAUCAAGUCUCGCGGUCCCCACCGCCCUCCGUAACCCGUGGCAGGGCCUCGGCACCAGGGUUACGUCUUUUGUCAACAACACUUCUCGUCAGCGCUGAUUGCGUCUCCUUCUGUCCCGCAUUUAUCUUACCUCUCCUCGACCGCAAAUUCACUGACAUCACCUACCGCAGCAUUCGUUCUUUCCCUUCCUGAGUGUACUGUUUUCUGAGUGGGCGCCGCCAUGUCCGUCAAAUUCGAGCAAGAGCAGGUCCGAACAACGACGGCGCCUCUCGCGCCCGGUGGUCGCGAUGAGAGCACCGCGCAUAAGAUUGGCGAGGCUUUGACUGGAGGCAAGCAACAGACGGGUUAUCUGGCGGCAUACCUAAGGCAGCUUCAAUCGAACCCUCUGCGCACAAAGAUGCUGACCUCCGGCACGUUAUCUGCAUUGCAAGAGCUGUUGGCCUCAUGGCUAGCCCACGAUAAGAGCAAGCACGGCCACUAUUUCUCCUCGAGAAUUCCGAAGAUGGCCGCCUAUGGCGCUUUUAUCAGUGCUCCCAUGGGCCACGUGCUUAUCGGAAUGCUUCAAUGGGUUUUCGCUGGCCGCACCAGCUUGAAGGCAAAGAUUCUCCAGAUUUUGACCAGCAACUUGGUGAUUGCGCCCAUCCAAAACACCGUCUACCUCGCAUCCAUGGCCAUCAUUGCCGGCGCCCGCACCUGGCAUCAGGUCCGCGCUACCAUUCGCGCCGGCUUCUGGCCCGUGAUGCGCGUCAGCUGGAUUACCUCUCCGCUGGCUUUGGCAUUCGCUCAGAAAUUCCUCCCCGAGCAGACUUGGGUGCCAUUUUUCAAUGUCGUGGCUUUCUGCAUCGGCACGUACAUUAACACUCACACCAAGAAGAAGAGACUCGCUGCUUUGAGGAAGAAGCAUUACGGUGAUGGACGAAGCUCCUCGGGUCGCCCGGACGAGCGAUACUAGACGUUAUGCCGCGCCUCCAAGGUUAUUUGGCUCAUGCAACGCCCCUCAAGUUUUUGAAAGCCAAAUUUACAUAGCCAUGCGUCGGUGAAACCUCUUGUAUGACAAGGGAGACACCUGAAAUGACGAGGGAUCGAAUCGGAGUGAGUUCCAUUGGGAUUGCGUCCGGAACCGUCUGCAGGAGUAGCUCGCAACAUACUAGCCACCUCACGGGAAAUGUAGGAUUGGCGGCCAUCUGUGUGUUCCAAUGAUCGAGUUCAGGGGUUUGGAGCAGUGUUAUCCGAGAGGAGUACAUUAAUGCUUUCGAGGCACCCCUUGUGCGCGUGCCAAGUUGCCUCGUUUUGUUUACGUCGAAUGUAGAGAACUCUGGUUCCAACGGCUUCUAGUGAAACACAGUGUCUAUCAUUUUUGCUACCAAGAAGGGAAUGAAAGAAAUCGAGGGAUCCAAAUGCCGCGCUGUCUAGUGUCCCG